AUGACAGCUCUUCUGAGAAUUUUCAGUCUUACAAUUCUAAUCGGAGCUGUUUCUUCAGAUUAUAGUAAGAAAUCAACUCAUUUUUCGGUUUCUCAAAUUGAAAAUUAAGCUUGUGACACAAAAAGUACAGUAAACGGCGGUCUCGACACGAUUUAUUCGGUUCCAACUGGCUGGAACGGUACAGAGAAUCCAGCGCUUCUACCGCCGAACUUGAAUUGUUCCUGGACGGUUGGAUUUUUGAAGAGAUUGAAUAUAUUUUUUUGUAGUUCAACGUCCCAGCUGGCCAGUUUGCUGUAUUGUAUCUCAAGUCAACCACUAUCAGUGAUUUUUUCGUUCUGACCGACUCGGCCGGCAAUGCGGAAAGGUAUUAUUAGAAAAAAGACGAAAAAUAGAAGAUCUGGAAAUCUUGUAGGGCCAGAGUGAUCCCUAUUGGGGUUAGGGCGAAAAACAGCCCUUAUAAGGCUCAAAUUUAGGUGGGUGUUUUAGGAAUAUAAGGUCUGACCCCGAGCCACUCAAGCUUAAAUGGUCUAGAGGUCUUUUAAUUUUUUGUGAGAAGACGAUUUGAUAGUAGAAAGAAAUUUUGGGUCCGCCAAUAUUCGUGAGCGUGAAUUGUGCAUACACCAAUCUUGGAGGCUUGAAUCUUUGCAAGUUUGAAUUUUGAAAAAAAAAAGAGGUGAUCAAGUUUGCAAAAACCAAGAUUGGUGUACGCACAGUUCACGCUCACGAAAAUUUGCGGACCCGAAAUUCCUUCGAGGAUUUUCCGAGAGGCAAAGUUGGAAAGGGUGGAAGAAGGGUUCAUAAAAAGUUUCUUUUCAGGGCGACCAAGACUCAUUUUUUCUGCCUUUUUGCUACCUUUUUGGAGCCUUUUUCGAGCCUCUCCCUUUUAAUGUCCAUUAUCCACUAUUCCGGCUUUCCCCGAGCAGCAAUUUGAACUUUUCUCCUUUUUGAAGACAACUGAAAACGUGGGAAAAUUUUAACCUUUUCCAAACUCCAAAAAAAAAGUUCGAUUUGAAGCAAAAUAGCCGGGAAACAUUGAUACAAAAAAAAAUUAGUUUUUCAUUUUUGGACUCUUUUCCAGAAUCCACAUUGACAUGCAAGGAACCAACUAUUUUUACACUCAGCCGUAUUUCAAAGUCGAUUUGGCUACAACGGCUUUCACGAAUGGAUCCUUGUCAUUUGUUGUUCACUGGGUCGAGAGUGAGUUUUUUCUGAGAUUAUUCAUGCAAGUUUGAAAGGGCUGCGGUAAUUUUUCAAAGAUCUAAACUUCCUUUUUGACCCCAAAAGUCCAUUUUUGAGUACCCAAUAACUACACGACGUCGAGAAAAAUGGUCGUUCGAAACGCCCAAGGCUUUUUGAUCUCUGCCGACGACACGAUUUCGCCGCUCAUCGUCACGGCUGAUACCCAGGUACUUAGGAACUCCAGAGGGGUCCCUAUAGGGGCAAGGGACCAUUUUACCAACCCCUAUAAGGGCCAAUAAAGCUUGCAAAAGUGAUCCCUUUAGGGGACACGCUAGUCGAUAAUUUUUAUGAUGCGAAAAACUAAAUAAAUAACUUUUUCGUUUGAAAAUUAAGUUUAAAGACCCCUAUAGGGACCACUUAAGUUUUAGGGGAUGUGGUCAGACCCUUAACCCCUGUAGGGAACGCUUUGAUCUUAUCCCUUUAGGGACCACUCAUGCUUUAAGGGCUGUGGUCAGACCCUGGAUCCCUAUAGGGAACACUUUGAUCUUAUCCCUUUAGGGACCACUUGAGCUUUAGGGGCUGUGAUCAGACCCUUAACCCCUCUAGGGAACGCUUUGAUCUUAUCCCUUUAGGGACCACUCAUGCUUUAAGGGCUGUGGUCAGACCCCUAACCCCAGGGACCACUCUAGAACUCCCAAGUAAAGUCCGUUCGUCGCUGCGUGUCUGCGUCUCUCUGUUCCAUCAUCUGCGAGGUCAGAGAAACGCGAAAAUAGCGCGUCAACGUGAGAGGGUCCCCGAGAGACGAGGAGGGCGCAGAGAAGUUUCGAGUCGCGUGAAUGGACUCUAGAAACUGUUCAGAUUUUGAAUGUCAUCGCUCAAGCUCCGCCCCUAAUGACGCGGUAAACCAAUCAGAGAGCGAGCCAUCCACCUAGCACUUUUGGAUGACGUCCCUGUACUUAGCGCUCAACAACUGUAGAAUCGGAAUGAAUUGUACCUUUCCCAGGUGUCAGUCCUGGCAACUCCUUUGAUGGGAACUCUCGAUUUUCUGCCUUUCCUGAGAGCCACCAUGAUUUAUGAUGGCGACUCGAUCAAUGCCACUUUCAUUGGAAGGUACUUUUUUUUCGACUCAUCGAAAAAAGUAGGAAUUUUCCAGCUUGUACACCGGAAUCAGUCAGAAAAGGCAGUUGGUCUCAACUGGAAAGAAAUUAACGAUUUUCACCCUUGCUGGAAUGAGCGCUCAUCAGCAGAUCUUGAUUCAAGAUUAUGACAGUGAGGGAUUUUUUUUUAGUAAGAAAACGUGAAAAAAGACGAUUUCUGAUCACUUUGAUUGGAAAAUACAGUUCCGAUUGCCUGAGAAGUUUUUUUUUGUAAAAAAUGAAGUUUAAGUCAACAAGCCGCAACGCGACCGCGAUGUCUUGCACGGCGUUUUUUUGGCGACGCCCCGUCCCUAUUUUUUCCGUAAAGUGUAGUGUGUCUUGUGCAUGCACCGCGGCGCUCUCGCACAUGCCACGUUCAAAGUAAUUUUCGCGAAAUUCGAAAUCAUAUCUGAAUUUCUGAAAUAAAGUUGUAUUUUUUCGCUCUCUGGGGGCUAUUUUUAAUUUUAUAAUGAAGUAUAAUCACACUAGGAAUUUAGGGACACGCGCCCGACCAAAAACUACCUGCGCAAGACAAUAUCGGGUCAUUUCCCUUUCAAUUAAACAAAAAUAGUAAGCUAAAUUAUUUCUUGUUUUUAUAAAUGCAUUUUAAGCCCAAGCAAAAUAAUGAAGUAUAAUCGCACUAGGAAUGUCAAAACAUGCGCCCGACUAAAAACUACUUGCGCAAGACAGUAUCGGAAACCAGGGAUUAUUCUAAAAGUGUUGAAAUUUUUUUAACCUCGAAUUUUUGAAACAUUCUGUUUUGCUUACAACUUCAUUAAAAAAAUUUAAUUCCGAUCACCAAAAAAGUAAUUUUCCAGACACCCGCGACAUAGUCGAAUAUCAAGUACCGUUGUGUAUCACGCCCAUUUGUGCGACGACUUUCGACGCCUCCAAAGGUCCCGCCGCGAUAACUACCGUAUUAGGGAGUAGUGAUGCUGAAUACCUGACGAACGUUGAUAUGAAUGAGGUUUUUUUUUGAGAAAAGUCCAGUUUUCUAGAGCUGGGAAGGUGCUAUCUCUAUAUAAAAUUAGAAAAAGAAGUUUUUUGAUAUAAAUUUUUUCUUUCUUGGCUCAUUCAAGAGCCUUGUGAAUGAACUGAGAAAAAAAAAAUUCAGAAUUCAAAUUUGACGAUUUUCGCCGGCCUGAAGAUGGUUGACCCCUGGAACAAGCUUGCGACCUAUCGGUUUUUCUAAAUUCAAAGUUUCAUAUUCAUAAAUUUUGAAUAGGAGACAAGACUUAACUAAUCGAUUGCCGCAGGAAAUUCGAGGAUAUUUAAGAACUUAUUAUUUUUCGUCGGGUGCUGGAAGUAUUGGUUUCACAAGGAAUACGGCGACUGGUUGGUUUUUAAAGGCAGUAAAAAAGAAGUUAAAGCAGUACCUUUUAGAACUUAUCACUGGGAAUCGAAAGGUGUAUUUAAAAGUCACAGAUAUUACUAAUUUCUAAAGAAAAACGUGAUUUUAUUUUCCCGCCGUUUAGUUUCGAAAAAUGCUUUGAAGCACGCGAUGAUGCGGACGUCUCAUUAGGCUCGCCUUUUGUACGAAAUAACUGGAUUUCUGCUUCAAACUAAGAGUUUAUCUCCUGAAAAAACAUUUAGUCAAACAAAAAACACCAACCGAUAACAAAGAAAACACAAAAUAUCGAUUUCUCAAAUUUGUGUAAAAUCAUCAUUUUUCACCAGAGUAGCGAUCAAAACUUGCAAAUUUUCAAAAGUAUAAAGUUUUCAGAGCGAAAAACACUUUGGUGACAACAGAAAUAAUUUAAAUUUCAAAAAAGCCAAGCAAAAAGCAAACACUCAGACCUUGGUAACGCGAACGGGACGCGAAUCGGACGUGUCGGGGCAUUUCUAGUGACCACUUUAGUAGCCUCAGAACUCUUAAGGGAUCCCUAAAAUCGCCCAGAAACGUCCGGAGCACGUCCGUUUCGCGUUACCAAUGUCCGAGAAAGUUUGAAAAAUGACGAAGCGUGUUGUCCAUAGAGCAACUUUUCUGCAAAACGCCCAUUGAGGAAUUUCUGAGGGGUCGCUAUAGGGGUUUGUUGUUAUAGGGACUUCUAAGUACAAUUAAAAAUGAAAAUGGACUCUUUUUCCGAAUUAUUUUUAAUACUUUGCUAUUUUUUUUUCCAGCCAAAUGGGGUACGCCAAGGAUUGGCCGAAGCGGAUUCGUCAUGUCCAAUAAUUAUCCCUUUUCCGACAAAAAUCAAGCGGGAACCGACGUUUUCUCAAGUUAUGAUGGUAUAAAUCCAUUAAUUAUCUACCAAUUACCUUGAAAUUACAGGUAACUUGAAAACACCUUAUUCUUUUUUCUAUUCUUUAUCGACGGAUAACCUGCGCGCCACGAAUUCUUUCAUUACUAUUUCGGGAAACGGUGAUAAAAAUAGUUAUGUGGCGAGGUUUUCAUGAUAAGAAGUUGAAAACACACGGAAAAUCUCAGAAUCGACUCGAAAUCGCCUCAAAAUGCGACUGGGAGCUUCGUCUCCUCGGAAAUCACGAUCAAAAUGAUGAAUGACGGGAUUUCGACGGGUUUCUUUGUUCAGUUCUCCUUUGACAGUGCGGGUUUCAUUUGUAAGUUUUUUGAACUUUGUAUUUAAAGAUUUUUAAAUUUUCAGCAAGCUAUAUUCCAUCUAUCUCAUUGGUUCUGCUCUUUAAAGCAAUUUUUGAAUUUUUCUAA